AUGUCCGAGGCCGACUACUAUCAGCUCAUUGGCGUGGGCCGGGAUGCCACUCUCCAUGAGAUCAGGUCCAAGUUUCGUGCAAAGGUCCUCGCCGAGCACCCGGACAAGGGUGGAGACCCAAAGAAGUUUCAGCUCCUCAACAAGGCCUACAAUGUCUUGACAGACCAGGAGAAGCGCCGUCGCUACGAUACCACCGGCCGCGCCGAGAAGUCCGCGGAAGAGGAGUUCGUGGAGGGAUUUGCAGGUGGAAGGCAUCACUUCGAACCCCGCAGCAAGGAGGCCGAUGAGAAAGCAAUUGUGAGCUUGAAGGACCGGAUCAUCACAGGAAACCAGACGCAUGAAGAGGGCUUCGCCGAGUGGCUGCGGCAAAGAGAUCAGCAGGCCAUGGUCCUGACAGACAAGGACUUCAUGAAGACACACCUCUUCAAUGCCUCCGAGUUGGCAACGAAGAUCAACCACCCUGGGCCAGUUCAGCACGUCCUGGGAUCGCCCAAGACCGAUGCUUACGGGCAAGCUAUGGGUGGCGCCGUGCAGGUUCAGGUGAAACCUCGGCCCUUGAAGAAGACCAUUGACCAUGACGAGGUGCUGGUACGAAUGCUUGCGGUGCCGGUGGACGACUCCAUGGUUUAUGCUGAUCUCAAGAAGACCGGUGUCUGCCUUGGCAUGACCGGGGUCGGCAGAGUUGAACAGGCAGGAACUCGGGUGGAAGACUUGAAGCCAGAGGAUGCAGUUCUGGUCCUUCCGAAGCCUACCAAGUUCUCCUCCGGACAUCCGAUUGGAACUGGCAGAACGCUGCUUACAUGCAGCGAGGAUGACUUGCUGCGAAUCCCGUCGGAGAUCUUGGAGCAGCUGACGCCUGAGCAGAUCUGUUUGACCCCGACCAUCGUCUGUGCCUACACGGUUCUGGAGCAGUUUGGCAGCAAGCUGAAGCCUGGCGACUCCGUCCUGAUCAACGCUGCCCAUUUGUCCGCCUCCGGCUCGGCUCUCUUGCAACUCUGCAAGCUCCUGAAGCUGAAGCCGCUCUGCAUGCUGCCGCUCCCCGGGUCUCCAAAGAAUCUUGCGAAAGGCGAGUACGGCUCCAAGGCAGCUUGGGCGGAGGUCGACAACCGAGCGGCCGCAACACCCACGGUGCGGGCCCAGUAUGAGCGCAUCUCGGAGCAGCUGGUGACCAUGGGAGCAGAGGAGGUCUUCCCCGACGCCGUCGCACUCUUGCGGUGGCGGGAUCGCAAUCAGCGCAUGCUGCCCAAGCUCGCCUUGGAUGGCAUCGCCACGCGUGACUCCUGCGAGCAACUGAUCCAUUGCCUGCAAUCUGGUGACAAGGAUGCCCAGAUUGUUGUGUACGGCCACGGCAUUGCUCAACCAUUGGAGAUUUCGCCGCCUUUGCUCGCCGCCUGGGGUGGUCGCAUUGUUGGCUUCAACAUUUCGAGGUGGGUGCACUCCUUGUCUGCCAACGCCAAGAAGAUGAUGGCUGUCAUGGAAAAUGUCACAAAGCUUGUGCGGGCGAACAAGUUCGUCCUGGACACCGUCGUUUACAAGGUCGGUGAGGAUGCUUGCAGCGAGGCCUUCUCCCGAGCCGCGGAUGCCAGCGACAACACCCAGGUGGUGCUGGUCUUCCCCACUUUGCAGGAGGAGCUGGCAUUGUCUGCUCAGGAGCAGAGGGCCGAAAAGGAGAAGCAAGCCAAGCACAAGGAGGAGGAGGCGGCCAAGAAGAAAGAGGAGGAAGAGCGCGACAGGCUGAAAGCCGAUUGGCUCAACCUGCUCUUCACGGACCAGAGCGUGGCUGCCAUGAGCCCAGAGGGUCCUCUGCCAACAGCGCACGAGGGUGGUAACCUGGACAGCCCGAAUGCACUGGUGGUCUGGCUGGGCGAUGACUCCCAGAACGAAGCGGCGGCCGUCAGGGAAGUCUGCUCGCAAGUUGGGAGCGCUGCCUUCGUCUCUCUCGCUUGGGCUCAGCAUCCCGCCGCUGAGGCCUUCGCCGAUUUCUCCUUGAAGUUGCCAGAGGUCGUGGACGGCUCCUUCUUCCUUCGUGAUCGGCAGGCCUUCGAGAACCAGGACUUGGAUUUGCUCCACGAUGUGGAGCUCUUGGGCCGCUGUCUCGCAGAGUCGAUCGAGACAAAGCUGGGUGAGUUUGGCCUUAGCUGGGACAAGGUGGUGAUUCUCGGCUUUGGCAAGGGGGCCGGCAUUGCCCUCUAUGCCUCCCUUCUGAACGUCUUUGCACAGCAGGUGGCUGCCACCGUCCUCUUCAGCCCCAUCGUGCUCUUCCCGUCCUUCCUGGCUGAGAAGAUGCAGGCCUUGCGCCAGACGACGACCGGCAAGAUGAAGGUGUUCGCUGUGUGGGGCAAUCGCAACAGGUCCACGCCCGGCACCUACCGCCAGCUGUUGGCACAGACCAUGCGCAAGGCGAAGGACGUGUCCUUCACGCCCGACACCCUGCCCGACGGGGACCACUCCUUCGACAUGAAGAGCCCGGGGCGCGGGCGUGUUGUCCUCCAUGCUGCCGCUGUGUCUGCCUCGCUGAGAGACUCAAGAAGUGGCCUCAGUGAUCGACUGCUUUUUGAGCCUUGCGGACAUGCGAAUGUCCACGGCAGUCCAGGCAUCUGCAAAGAUCCCGAAGCCUGGGCUGUCCUCAGGUCGCCUUCGGUCGGACGAGAGGCCAAAGACUGGAGCUGGCCGGCACGUUCCAUCCUUGCGCAGCGUAAGCUGGAAACGCUGCAGAUUGGCUCUUGCCCUCGAGGGGGCUCGAAGCUGGAACAGCUUCUCUUGCGCUGCAAGGAUCUGCGGCAUGCUGCCAGCAUUCUCGUAGACGCGGGAUAUGGAGUUGGCCCUGCUGACAUGAUGGACGCCCCGGCAGGUUUGGAGGGAGGUGGAGUCUGGAGUCGCGUUGAGGAAGGAGGGCGGCCUCCGGCGCUCCGCGACUUGAAGCUGGAGGGGGCAGACGUCCGGCUUCAGGUGCAGACGAGUUCCCACAUGGUCUUUGCGGAGGUGUCCUCAAGCCCAGAAGGGGGCAGGGCCGAGGCCAGCAGCGCCGGCAAACGAGCCACGGGGGGGCAGGAGGAGGAGGAGCCGGAGGUCACGAUAAGGCUCCAGGCCCCGCGGCUCCGUGAGGCAUCUGCCCUGCACUGGGCCAAAGUUGCCACUUCCGGUGUGGUCUCGGCAAAGGAGCCGCUGAAGCGUGCUGCCAACUGCACAGUCGCACUGGAGCUCGUGGCCGCGGGUCCAUCAGACCUUCAUGGCUAUUGGAUUUUCACAGCAGGACUCUUUGUCAUGGUGGUGGCUCCGAGGAAAAGCUCGGGAUCCUCUUUCUGCAUGUCGGAGGUAGCUCUCGAGUCCCUCUGCGGUCGAACGGCUCCCUUGGAGAGACGGUCUCUUUGCGACGCUGUGGCGGGAAAGGUCGAGGAGACCUCGGGUGCUCUCACGGUUCUGUGCAGAGCCUGGGCUCCGGAGGCAGCCGGCUCCUGCUUCUAUGAUCCAGCGACGGGAACUGGCGGACGGAUCGAGGUUUUCGAGGAGGAUCGACUGGUGGUUCAUCGCCGCACAGACGGAAGUGAGCUUCGCUGGAAGAUUCUGAAGAUGGAAGCCAACCCCUUCCCAGCGACAGGUACGUCGGAUGAGCCGGAGGAAGAUGCUGAUGAUGUGCCGGAAGAUUCCAAAGCUGAAACUUCCAGGAGAAGGGAUGUAAAGACUGCUAGACGCAGUGACCAGGACACCUCGCAUUCGUUGCCGAGAUCGCGAUCAAGAGAGGAAACGAAAGAGAAGCAAAAGGCACGGGCAAAGAAGGCCAAACACAUCGACAAGGAACCAAAGGAGAGUGCAAAGGCGAAGGAGAAAGGACAGCAAAAGGAGAAGCAGGCUGUCCAGGAAAAGGAGCCCGUUACCGAACACCCGAAAGAGCGGGAGAAGCGAGUGAAGGAACGACGGGAGAGGGAUGCCGAGCGCGAUCGGGAAAAGGCAAGGGACAGGCAGCGGGACCGGCUGGAGGCCGACCGAGACAGAGAGGAGUGGCGGGCGCGAGAGAGACAGAAAGCUCGGGAGCGCAUGCGGGAAGAGCGAGAAGCCGAAAGGAGCAGAGAAAGGGAUCGGGACAAGGAGAGGAAAGAUCGUGAUCGGCACAAGGAUAAGUCGCGUGAGCCUUCACGAGACCGCGAGAAGCCGAGGAGACAGCUCGAGAGGAGCCAUGCUUUUGACAAGGCAGCCGCUCCAAAGUCAACGUCUCUCCCUGCUGGGCAAGCUUCUGCCUUGCCCGUGACUGCUACGAGCGCGACAUCGCUCUUGGCUGCUGCUGCUUACCAGGCCCGCAUCGAGCCGAGUCCGCCAAAUCCGGAAGUAGAGCACUUCCUGUCGCUCAACAGCGUGGAGCCGCAUGCCGCCGCCAAGCUCCGAUCCCUUCCGCGUGCUCUGCAGCGGUCGGUUCUGGAGCGGGGUUCGCUGAUGGGAGCGCGUGACCCGUCUGCAGUGCUAAUCUCUCGUGUUCGCGACAUCAUGAUGUCAACGGCACACGCGAUGCCAACCCUGCCCAUCGUGUCCGUGACGUUACCGAACGGACAGCAGGUGCACCCGGGCGUUGAGGCACUGAUCCUCCGCUUCGGCCUGGAUGCGCAGUGCGCGCAGCAACUCCGCCAGCUUCCUCUCCAGCUCCAGGCCGUGGCAGCCGAGCUGCCGGUGCACGAGGCGCGGAAUCCCUCCGCCUUCGUCAUGGCCCAGCUGCAGCUCCCACGGUUUAAGCAAGCUGCGGCAGCCGCCAAAGCGAUGGGGCCGGCGACCCAGCUCUCGGCUCUCGGCUCUGAGCUGGCCCGGCUUUUGGCCACGGGCAAAGGCGUCUUGCUUCUGCCGUCCUGGCUCAAACCACCAUGUGGCACCUUGACCUGGCAGUCGAGGCUGGUCACGAUGGAGAGCCAACCGCUCACAGGCAAGGUCUUCAGGCCGGACAGCAAAAGUGUUGCCUUGCUAACGUUUCCAUUCAGCACCACCCUGACAGCACCAGAGCCCCCUCCCAUUGGCGACAUUGGCGAGGAAGAUGACGACGACGAGGAAGUCGAUAGGCCUGGUGUCAGGACCCUGGAGAUGGGCAUCCUGUUGCAGGGGUAUGCCUACCGAUCGUGGGUCGAGCUGCCCUCCAAUGGCCAACUCGUAGAGGUGGUGGGGCCUCUCCCGGCAGGGAUCGACAUUUUGGUCAAAGAUGAAGGUAGCCCUGAGCAUCCGGCGGCGCUGUGGAUAGAGGCAGAGCUCAAAGAUCUCGGUGUCUUCUACCACGGCCUUCUUGUCAGAAUCGCCGGCGGCGAGUUUGCGGAGGUGGUGGUCAAUCUCAAGGCAAGGCGUGAGGCGGAAGUCACGCUUGAGACUGUCAUUCCCGUGCGCGAGAGGUUCGUUGCUGUGCUGAUGCUUUGGAAUGCUUCGCUGAAAGCAAACCUGAAGCCGUUCCUAUCUCAAGCCAGUGCUCUUAGGUUGCAUGCUCGCAACUUGCAGGUUAGGGCUACGUCCGGAGAGGGAAUGUCAAAGCGCGAGGCAUUGCACCAACGUUGUACCCUCUCCUGGCAUGAUUUUCUGUGUCGACUCAGCGAUGGCGAAAUGGAUUCCGUGUUCGUGCUUUGUGGAUCAACGGCUGGUAAUCUGGGAGCAAUCUUGAGAUCGUGCACGUUGCUGGGCAUCUCUGCCGUCUGCAUCGUUGGUGGACCUUCACGUGCCUUGCUGGACAAAGCAUUUCGCUUUUCUAUGGUGGAGCAGAAGAGGCACUGGGAAGUCGCAGUCGUACCAGUUCCGGCCGAAGUGAAUCCUUCAUGCGCCAUGACCGCGCUCAAACGCACGGGGACCCAGCUUGUGGGCUUGGUGGCCAAGGAUGCGACGGAGAAGCCGCUGUUGGAUCUGUGGGACCUGGACCUAACACAAAACAGGCUGGCAUUCGUGUUCGGGUCGGACGAUGAAAAUGGCGAGGCAUUUGCUGAGGGAGUUGAGAAAAGACUAGACAUGCUGGCUACUGUACCCAUGCGACACUUUCCACUAUCUCGGCACCAGCUUGCCAACCUUGCGAAGCCAAAGAUCGAAGCCUCUCCGGGACCAGCCGACACACUGAAUUUGUCAGUGACAGCAUCCAUUGUGGCAUACGAGCGAAGACGACAGCUCAGCACUUGGCGGUCAAAGCUUCGAGAAUGGACCCGAAAGAUGUGGAGGAAGACGACGAAGACGAUGGCUGAGGCGGGGCGGGUCAUGGGCUUGUCGGCAGGCACUGUGAAGUUGCUCCACCUGAGACGCACGAAUGGACGCUUUAAGAAGAGCCGGGCAUCAGCCCUGAAGGUGCUGGUGGCAAGCAAGGGCGCUGGAAGGCGCGUGGUCCCUUUGCGGUCGCUGACGCCACAAGCGCAGGUCCUGGGUCCAGGCUUCGCUUCGCUGCCGGUCUUAAGGCGACCGGGCUCGGUGUCUUCCGGGAGCACCACGCCGCAGCACGCCAGCCACUUCGCCCCCAGGAUUCUGCCGCCGUCUGGUGCGAGCACUCCAGCCCAACCAAGCAGUCUGGCAUGUCCAGCGCAGCCGGACGUCUGUGCCAGCUGCGGAUGGGUCUACAUGCCUGAUGCGGUCUUCUGCCGCCACUGUGGCCAGAAGCGCGACAUGACUCAGGCUGAAGCAAGCCCUGCUUACGUGAGUGCUGCGAGCCCCAUGCCAGAGGUUUAUGCAGGGGAUGGCUUCACGUACGGAUCUGGUGCAGCAAGUCCGUUUCCUCCUGGAGUUACGGUCUACACAUCGGAGCCCACUCCGGCCUACUGCUCCACAUCAGGCACGGUAAGCCCGCUCCCUGCCGCAUACGCAGAUGAAGGUGCAGUAUAUGGUUGGUCCGGCGCUGCCACUGCUGUGCCUCCAAGGGUCCUUGCCACGAAGCUGUCCCCAUCUGCCUACGACACCUCUGGUGUGGCAAGAUUGGUGUCUGGUCAGGCCACGUGGAUGGAGCCGACAACCGUAGCCAAUCAGUGUAUGGCGCCUGUUUCUAUGUCUGUUCCGGCUGGUUCAUCGACGGACGCUCCUGCUGCCACUCUCUCCGCGAUCUCAAACGGGAUUUCCUCGAAUGGGUAUGCAUCCACACGCAUUUCGUCCUACGCACCUGCGAUGCCUUCAGUGCAGGUUGCGGGAGGAGCGUCUUGCGUGCUGCCUGCAGUGAUGCACCCACGGGCAUCCACCCCAACUGUACCGGCCAGGUAUAGCAUUGCGUCGCCAGCGGCGCCAAGAGCCUCGGUGUCAGGGAGCUCAACUCCUGUGGUACCGGUUGGGUCACAGUGGGGGACCGUGUCGCCUUUGCCGCCCCCACCUGCGAUGGUUCUGGGAGCUGAGCCGUCCGCCGCAGUGGAGCCACAAGUGCCUCCAAGCCUUACGGCAGGUCUUCCAGAUCCCACAUCCAUCGAGCGCCAGAAGAGCGCAUAUUCUCGCGGGCUGGAUGACCAGUUGAAGCACGGUACGGAAGUUCUUGCACAGCAGCUGAAGCAACAGUCCGACAAUUUGUUCGCAAUGGGAGAUCAACGCAAGCGCCAGUAUGCCUUGCAGGUAGACCAAGAGAUCAAGCAGCGAGAGAUGGAACUGGCGCAGCAGCACAACGAGCAGCUGCUGUUGCUUCAGCAAGCCGCGCAGCAGCAAAAGUCGGCCUUGGAGCACCAGGCGAAUGCGUUGCUCUUGGAGUUCAACCAGAAGAAAGCACAAGAGGACUUGGCUUAUCAACAGUACCAGUUUCAGAAGCAGCAGUACGAGACGCAGCUCCAAUACAAUGACGAGAUGAAGGAGCUGCAAGCACAGCAGCAUGCAGCAUCUGCGCAGGUGGCUCAGCAGCGUGCCUUCAUUGCGCAGCAAGCGGUCCAAGCUUCGCAGCAGGCAGCGGCAACAGCUCAACAGGUUCGAGUGAACCGGGCGUCGGGAGGUCCUCCCAUGCCCAUCACGCUGAGUGCGGGAUCGUACUCGCGUUUGGUCCCUGCACCCACAACCGCCACGGCCGCCACGGCCACAGCCGCCCGGUGCAUGAUGAGCAACGCUCCAUAUGUACCGCAGGUCAGUGUCGUGCAGGAUGAGGUCCUCGCGGCCAGAAUGCUGGAGUUAAUGCCCUCUGCCCUGCAGCAUCCGGACCAAGAUUAUCCUGCAAGCAUGGUAAGGGGAAGUGCAUGUGUGCAUUUCACGAUAGCGGCAGCUGCAUGUUGGGGCUUCAUCGAAUGCCCUCAGACGCAGGCUAUCUAUGGCAAGGACAUCUUCGUCUUGAGGAGCGCGUUGUCGGGCGGUGGCCAGGGAGACCAGGUCAUGUUCAAUGUGGUCGACCACGGGCGAGGACCACAGGCCAGCGAAGUUGUGGUGCUAGGGUCGGCGAGACCCGCUACCCCUCUGGGAUCUGUGAACGGACCCAUGAACGGACAUGGAUAUAGUCAGCAAUUGCAGCCCAUGCCGACGGCGCGAUCGGCCCCGAUGACAGUGUACAGCCAGCCUGUGAAUCAGCAUGCAGGCUCCAGCAUGGUUGGAACGGUGAAGUCCUACAAUGCCGAGAAGGGCUGGGGCUUCGUCACAAGUCCUGAGGUGGUGGAGAUGUACGGCAAGGAUGUCUUCUUCAUGAAGUCCUCCGUGGUCGGCGGUGUCAUCGAGAGGAAUCAGCAAGUUUCCUUCACUGUGGUGUCUGGGACGAAGGGCAUGCAGGCCGAGAAAGUUUGCCCACUUUCUCCAGCUCCUGCGAUGCAUCGUGACUCAGCCUUUCCUGCAGUGAGGGCGCCUCCGCCACUGAUGAUUCCGGUUGUGCCUCAGAUGCCCCGCAUGCUGGCGCCGCCUCCAAGUGCUGGAAGUGCUGCAAGGCCUGCGCCUGACCAACUCUUCUUUGGAGCUGUGAAAGGUUACAAUGAAGAGAAGGGCUGGGGACACAUCUCCUGCGAGGCUGCGAAAGCAGUUUACGGCAAGGAGGUUUUUCUUCUGAGGAGCACACUUGGCGGCGCUGUGGUGGAGGCAGGAACACUUCUGGCCUUCAAGGUAGGCAGUCCUGGCGUGGAGCCUCCUAACCCUCCAGCCUUUGAGGUGCUGCCUGCCGAAACCUUCCAGUUCGAAGGGCAGCCAGGAAGAGAGUUCGUUGGCACCGUGAAGCUGGCUCCUCAACGGACUUCUCCGCAGCAUCUUGAGCCAAGCAACGUUGCAGUCAUCUGCAAUGACAGCGUGCAGUCGGUGCUACUGCUGCCUGGGCUUCGCCUUUGCCCGUCCGCGGGAGCGCAGUGUUCUGCUCCACGCAUGCUGGUAACGGACAACUUUGGUCGGCGACCAGAGCUCUAUGACAACGAUACCUUCAUCCCUAUAGAUGAACAUCCAGCGAGUUGGGCAGUUCGACCGCAGCCGCAACCGUCGCAUGUGGUCGGCAGCACAAUCGAGACUGUCGAAGCAACGCCGGCCAAAGAGGCAGAGCCCCGAGAGACAGAGCCAACGGCUGCGACCACAGCCACAGCCUGUUUGCUGGAAUGGUUCUUGGCCCGCAAUGUCACCCCUUCCGCACAGAAGGCUGGAGAAAUCCUCACGGCAAGGGUAGGCGUCAAGCUGCAGCCGCCGCCACCGGCGCCGAAACCGGCACCACCUCCGCCGCCUUCAAGAGUUCCUGAAGAGAUGCGCCCUUCGAAAGCCUGGCAGGAGCCAGAGGUACAGAAGCACGUUGGGGAGCCUCCGUGCGCAAGGCCACGGGACUUGAGCCAUGCCGGCAUGAACCUGGAGCCAGUCGAUUGGUCGAAGCCGGCAUCUUCCGCACCGAGGCUGUCUUACAAGGAGCACCCGGCAGUGACUUCGCAGUCCCGAGAACAAGUGCAGGAUUUCCUGCGGCAGAAUGGCGUGGAGGUUGAGGGUGCCAAAGAGCUUCCGAAACCCAUUCGCUCAUUUGACCAUGCCGGCUUUCCCGAACCUGUUGUUGAGUACCUCAGGGGUGAGUUUUCUGCUCCGACUCCGAUACAGUCUGUUGGUUGGCCACUGGCCCUUUCAGGGCGUGACAUGGUGGGGUUGGCGCAGACUGGCAGUGGAAAGACUCUGGCCUAUCUGCUUCCGGCAAUGCUCCACGUCAAAGAGCAGCCUGCCGAACUUGGCGAGGGUCCUGUUGUUCUGGUCCUUGCACCUACACGUGAGCUGGCAAUGCAGAUUCAGAUGGAAGCGUUUCGUGUUGGUGAGAUUCUGGGUGUCCGAGAUGCUGUGGUGUAUGGCGGGGUAUCGAGGCGAGGACAAGAGCAGAUUUUGCGCAAGGGUGUUGACGUGCUCAUUGCCACACCCGGACGCCUGCUUGACUUUUUGGAGGCAAGGGUGACCAACCUGGGCCGCGUGUCGUAUCUUGUGGUGGACGAGGCAGACCGCAUGUUGGAUAUGGGCUUCGAGCCACAGCUCCGACGGGUCGUGUCACAAGUGCGCCCAGAACGGCAGACGGUGAUGUGGUCUGCGACGUGGCCGGCAAGCAUCCAGGACCUUGCAAAGGACUUCUGCGAGAACAUGCUGAAAGUCACGGUUGGCAUAUCGGCGGCAAAAGCUAACCCGAACAUUCGACAAGACAUCCGGGUUGUAACUGAAUUGGACAAGAAACAGAGAUUCUUUGAGUGGUUGCAGGAAGUGUCACCCGCACAGGGUGCACAGCCACGUGUACUGGUGUUCACCGAAACCAAGCGUGCGGCAGACGCUUUGUGCAGGGAGUUAAGGUAUGAGCAGUAUGCAGCCAGUGCGAUACACGGGGACAAGGACCAGAGGGAGCGUGAUUCAAUGUUACAUCAGUUCAGGAAAGGUCGCUGCCAAAUUCUGGUUGCAACAGAUGUCGCCCAGCGAGGCCUUGACAUCAAGGAUGUCGCCUACGUGGUGAACUACAGCAUGCCUAAGACGAUCGAGGACUACGUCCAUCGCAUUGGUCGAACCGGAAGAGCGGGCGCUCACGGCACAGCUGUGAGCUUCUUCACCUGCGACUUCGGCGCCUCAGACAAGGCCCGCAUGGCCCGCGGUCUCGUUAAAGUCAUUGAGGACGCUGGGCAGGAGCCUCCGGAAGCUUUGAGGAUGUUCAAUGCCGAGAAGCGCUGGGGUUUCGUCACUAGCGACGAGAUCACUGCCCUGUUUUCUGGGAAGGACAUCUUUCUUCACCAGAAUGCUCUACAAGAUGCCGCCAGCGAUCCAGCUCAGUCGGCUGUCACCGUCCGCCUUCCGGAGGUAGGGCAGCAGGUCAGAUUCAGCAUCGAAGUCGGGGAGAGCGGCAAACUCCAGGCCAAGGGCGUGCGGGUCGUGCGGGCUCUACAGAGCCAGCAGUGCUGUCGGCAGCAAAAUCUCCUCACUCUCAUGGUAGGCCAAGGAGGUGAUCCUGGAGGGCGUGAGCCUGCUGGGACAGGAUGCAGCUUUCUCUCCGGUCACUGCCCUAAAUCAUGCAAAGACGGGGGAUUUCUAGGAGAAGCUUUCUCCACCCAAUCAAGGUGCGACCGGGCGUUCCUUCUGAAAGGGCAGCUCCUUACUGAGGGGGCAUCCCGCGAAAAAGGCCUUGGGACAUCUUAG